AUGUUCGUGAUAGACUCACACGCCGUGAGACAGAACUUCGCUGGACCUCAGCGGACGCAACGAUAUACCGGCUAUGCGCUGCCGUACAACGUUUUCGCCAGGCCGAAGCGACCUCAGAACCGCGCGCCACCGACGGCGGCCACCGACGUCAACUUUAGAUCAAGCUCGUUAGCUGGCGCGCUCACGCAGGGGAUUACCGCCCGUGACCCAUAUGCUGGUGCUUAUACUCAGGUCUCAAACACCACAUCGUACAAACAAGAGAUCUCGCUCACAGAUGCCCUCAACCCGGCAUUUGUACGCAAAGUCUUCCAGGCCGCUACUCCCACUGGGCCCAAUACGCCUCCCGCGAUCGUACCAAGCACUACCGGCGCUGCGAUGCCGGUGCAUCAGGCCCAGCUGCCCGUCGUGUCAACUCCUGCGCAAACGGUCAUGUCAGCAUUUGCCCCCACGCCCGGCCUCACGAACGGAUCCUCGCCCGAGGGCGGAUCGCCGUAUCACGAUCCUCGUACGCCGCCCAACGACGUUGGGCACAUGGAUCCCAGCCGAUAUACGCAGCACAUCCAACCACACGCGAUGCCACUCGCUGAGCAGACGCAGCCCUAUCAUGCUAUGAACUCCGGGGUCGCUGCGGUGACCCCGGAACCGUACAACCAGAAAUUCCACCCUGCUCAGAUCGUCGGAACGACCACGAUCGAGCCUGGAGGUGGAAACAACCAGUUGCUAGCCCCGGAGACGGCGGCAGCGACACCCAAUACCCCACGCCAGUCUGGCACCGCCCAGGCCGAGACGAAGUCGAAGGAACGCUGGGAGGCGUUCCUCCUUCAGUUUGGCACUGCCGACUCAUAUACGUUCCGCGCACCCUUCGUCGACGGCAACUUCGGCGUCGCUCUCACAAUCGGAGACGACGAGAAGGGCACCUACCGAGCCAAGAUACACGAGCACCGCAACUUCGAGAACACGCUUCCGGCGGACGUGCGGUUCGAAAUCGCCAACUUGCGCCGCCGCGUCGAGUGGCAAGGGCUACAACCGGCAGAACGCCCUGUCCAGGACCCGUUGAGCCAUUACGAAAUCAUUGACGAGAAGGGAAAACGCUACCGGUGCCCGCUCUGCCAUGAGAGUUUGCAGCACGCCGCUCGCGCGCUGUACCGUCACGUCGAGGGGGAAAAACACCUCGCUAUCCACUUCCUCUACGCGGGCCGCACGUACUAUAGGUCUCCGCAGAAGGCUUGGGAGGGUACGAUGACUCGCGGGGAUUUUACCAAGAAGGACAACCGGGUGUUCCUGGGUUUACAAGAAGAGUAG